AUGUUUGCUCGUCGCUGCGCCCGUCUAGUCAACUCCCGGACAUCUGUCCCCCUCACAUCUUUCCUUGCCAGAGCGCGCCCCUACUCAUCCGGGCCAAGCUACGAGCACAUCCUCACUUCGUCCCCGAAGCCUGGUGUCGGAUUGAUUACACUUAAUCGACCCAAAGCUCUGAAUGCGCUCUGCAGUCCUCUUUUUACUGAGCUCAAUGAUGCUCUGAGCAAGUAUGAUGCUGAUAAGGAUAUCGGUGCAAUUGUGAUUACGGGAAGCGAGAAGGCUUUCGCAGCCGGCGCCGACAUCAAAGAAAUGGCCCCCCUAACCUUCGCCUCAGCCUACAAUUCCAACUUCAUAGCCCCCUGGUCCCACCUCACAAACAUCCGCACCCCCGUUAUCGCAGCAGUAUCAGGCUACGCCCUCGGCGGCGGCUGCGAACUCGCCCUAAUGUGCGAUAUAAUCUACGCCUCCACCAACGCAACAUUCGGACAGCCCGAGAUAAAGCUGGGCGUCAUUCCUGGCGCGGGCGGCUCGCAGCGCCUCACCAAUGCAGUGGGGAAGAGUAAGGCUAUGGAACUUAUUCUUACAGGGAAGAACUUUAGUGGGAAGGAGGCUGCGGAGUGGGGUGUUGCGGCGGAGGUUGUGGAGGGGGGUCAUGCGGAGUUGAUGGAUGUUGCUUUUAAGACGGCCGAGAAGAUUGCGGGUUAUAGUCGCGUUGCUACUGUUGCGGCGAAGGAGGUGGUGAAUAAGAGUCAGGAGCUUUCGUUGAGGGAGGGGGUGGAGUAUGAGAGGAGAUUGUUUCAUGGGUUGUUUGGGAGUCAGGAUCAGAAGAUUGGUAUGACUGCCUUUGCUGAAAAGAAGAAGCCUGAAUGGUCACAUGAAUAA